GACUUACCCCAUUUGGUUUUAUUUGCUCUGAAUCAGGAAAGUCAACACGUCAAGAUGCCUCAGAGUGCGGUGGUUGAAGUUCUUCCAGGUUGACGAGUAUAUAUAUGCACUCGCUGCCAGCGUGCUCCUUGCUUCGCAUCUCCAUCAUCUUUUCCUCGUCAACAUGAACGCUAGUCCCUCCGCCCCCGGGUCGUUUGGCCCUCUCUUUGAGUCAACGACUUCCAGGCAGCACGCCCCACCUCCCGGGCUCAGCGCGUCUAUCUGGGCACCCCAGCCUCAGCCCUCCGAGUCCGCCUGGUCUCGAGCGAUCGACUCUAUCAGCAGAGCUCCCGAAAGCUACGGAGAUAACCUCUUGCGACCAGAGAUGCGACGCACUUCCUCUCAUCCUGCCGGCAGGAGCGGCGAAGACGUCUUCGGGCCUGUAGGACUUCCCUCGGGAGCCUUGCGCAGGAAAGGCGUCGGUGCUAUUGGCGAUGGUCGAAAGAAGACUCCUCCUGAUUUCGAUCCUAUUCACGUGCAGCAGCUUUUGCGAACUCUGAACCUCAACUCGCCCGGCCCACUCUCUCCCACGGUCCAGACUCAAGAUCUGGGUCCUCCCUCCAUCUCCCCUGACGUUUCCCCCAUCUCGACGACUUCAGCAUUGUUGACCCCUCCCGAAUUAUCUCCUGCAAAGCCGUAUGGGGAUUGGAAGUUCAGCCCGUCCUACGACUUCAGCUCAGUGCCUCAGACUUUGGCCAAUAACACCCUGCUUUUUGAGACCGACCCUCUGCAUCGGUACCAGGAGGUCUUCAACCCUCAGCAGAGCGGCUACAACAAGCCCGCCACUGCUCAGUCCGCUGACCCUUUCCAGUCGAGCGCUCGUGCAUUUGGUUCUUUCGAGUCUUUCUCCGAACGUUCGUCCUUUUCGACUGAGACGUUUCCUCGCGCGGACUUGGACUCGACGUCCCGUCACAACUCAGGCCUGCUUCAUCCAUCGUGGCCUCACCAACGUAUUCGGACGACUUCAUCCGAGUGGACGAAAACCGACGAUCGCCGCAUGUUCGAGCAGACAAACUCGGACGUUAAUCUGAGCCCUAACUCCCGCGCUCAUGCAACUGCUCACGAGCCGAUCAACUUCUUAUCCCUCCUCCACCCAUCCUCGUCCCCCCCUUACCAUGUUUUCGUUUCUCGUAUCAUCAAGUCAUCCGAUCAGCAAGCGUCCAUCUUCUUGCAACAGAAACUCAAGGUUGCUGAUGGCGAAGAGCGGGCGAAAAUCGUGGACGCUAUUUGCUCCCGAGGAUUCGAGAUGAUGGCCCAUCGUUUCGGUAACUGGGCAGUGCAACGUUGCCUCGAAGCUACCAGCAGCGUAGAGGAACGGAGGAAGAUUGUCUUGUGCAUGAGGGGGAAAGUUGUCGAGCUCGCUACCAACUGCUAUGGAUGUCAUGUUCUUCAGAAGGCGCUUGACUGUGAGGAGGAUAUCAGGUUGCUCAUCGUUUCGGAAUUGCUCCUCGGCGAUCCUGCUCAGACUUUGGUCAACAAACACGCUUCUCACGUUUGGAGUAAGAUUAUGGAGCUGUCCUGGACCUCGCCAGCUCCGCCCAUCUUCGCUUAUGUCAAUAGAUCCCUAAAAGGAAAAUGGGCUUCGCUUGCCUGCCACGAGACCGGAUCGCUGGUCGUUCAGCACGCGUUCGAGAACCUCGAGGACUCUGCGAAGGACGGAAUUGUAGACGAACUACUCAACCAAGGAUCUACAGUAUUCGGAGAGGUUGCCAAGAAUCAGUGGGGCUCCUAUUGCAUUCAGCACAUCCUUGAGCAUGGUUCCACGAAUCACCGCAAGAUGGCUCUCGACCACAUCAUCUCAGGACUUCUCGAAUACGCCACAAACGAGCAAGGUGCGAAGUCGGUAACCAAGGCGCUCAAGGAGGGCGGCAAGGAAACCUUGAACCGCAUCAUUUCUCGCAUGUGCGAACCUGCGAAAGGUGGGCGGCGAGCAAUGAUCGUCGACCUCGCUCUGUCGGCCACUGGGAGCCAACUGAUCGCGAGCGUUCUGCCCAACGCGGACAAAGAUCAACGUGCCUUGCUCUACGACUCUAUUCGUGGGCAUAUCGUGACCCUUCGUGGAUGCAAAACCGGGUCCAAAGUCAUCUGGCUGUUCGAUCGCAUGCGCGCCUAUUAUGGCUAUUGA